AUGAAUCCCGUCGCGACUGAUGCAGUGGACGUCAACCAGCCUGGUUUGACAAUGGCCCGUUUCUCUGCUCUGGCGCUCGUUACCGAGGCUCGUAAUACUCACGGUUUGCGCUUUCAAGACCACGAAAAGUACAGAGAGUGGUGUUCGCGCAAUGUCUACCGUCUGCGCAAGGCGCUGAAGAUCGUCCAAAAAGGGGGCAAGUAUUCUGAAAAGAAAGUCACCGCUGAAGAGGCCAAAGACCAACGUUACCUCGAGAUACUUUUAUUCAACGCUGAGCGCGCUUGGGCGCAAGCAUUGGAAAUCAAGGCAGUUUCUGAGCAGGAUGAAAAUAACGUUCGACAUCAGCAUUGCGUCCGCCGGCUUGCCAAAGCUGCACAAUACGCCCGAGAUCUUGCUGCGGUCCUUGCUUCGCCCGAGAUCGGAGCGGACGCAGCUACUCAGCUCGAUGCCAUAGCAUAUGCUGCAAGCUUUGCUGGGCAGUGGCACUUCGAGAAGAGAGCUUGGGAACAGUGUUUGGAGCAAGUUUCCGUUGCUAGGGUUGCCUGGAAUCUUCUGGACGCGGGUGUGGAGAAUGAUCUUUUCAAGGAUGCUGCCGCUGGUACGGAUCCCUCGAUCCGAUAUUGUGCAUACCAAACGUCUCAGGGACAGGACCGUGACAUCUCCUCCUUGACUAGGGAAUAUGUUAGAAAGGAUGCGCGCGUGGUUGAGGUCUUGAAGAAGCUUGAUCCUUCUGCUCUGGACAAACAGACCGAGGAGCUGUCAGCUGUUAUUGAACAAGUGUCGUGGAGGGGUUACGUUGCACCUGUUUCGGAUCCUGCUAUUGCUGUAUCCCUCCUUAGGGUCCAGGACAUCCGAAACGCGUCUGAAGGAUCUGAAGCACUCGCUACCCGUUCUUUCGAUGAUGUCUUGGCUGCGUGGGCGGAUGCGUCCGACGCGACGCAAAAGGCUAUCUCCGAGGAGGAACAGGGUGCACAGGACCAAGAGAAAAUGCAGGCAUUACAAAUCACUUACACUUAUGUGAACUACAGCGAGAUCACUACGCGUAUUCGCCGGGAUCUUUUGUUGGCCGCUGCUCUUUUAUCCCGUAUUGAUGAUCGUCGACCGCCCACAACAACAUCGGUGUACCGCGACCUUAUCAAGCUUUAUGACUCUAUAUUGCAGUCGCUCAUCAGCAUCUUCGAUCUGCCCGGUGUUGCUGCCGACCAAGAUUUCUGCGCAGAACUCGAAGCAAAACUCUCCUAUUUCAAGGCUCAAAGAGCGGGCUUUCUAGCGAGAAGUUGGGCCGUGCAGGAUGAAUACAAGAAUGCGUUGGCUUUAUUCCUUCGUGCCCUGUCAUAUGCCCGUCGGGCAAGUGGGCCGCUUUCUGUAUCUGUGGAAGCCGAUUACGUCUCCGUCACCGCCGCCGACGUGAAUAAUCUGGUCUGCAAACUUGUUAGUGAGGUUUCGCGAACUCGCGCUCUCUUGACUAUGAACGUCCUUAAGGCGCCGACCGAAGCCGCGGAACCGAAUGCGUUAAUCUAUGCUCUGAACGAAUACCCCGACCUGUCAGUGCCGUUGGAUCUCGGUAGACUGGUGGAAUUGCCACCUAAAUUCCAAGCGGUACCUGUCAAGCCUGUGUUCUUUGACAUUGCAUAUAACUAUAUCGGCUACGAGACGGCACAGGGUUUGGAGGAAGAGCCACCGUCUGCGCAGCAUAAAGAAGAGGGUGUUCCAGCGAAGAAGGGGGGCUUGUUAAGCAGGCUUUGGGGAUAG